AUGUGCUGUGCAUGCCGCACAUUGUGGAGUAUCUUGCCAAGCCCCAAACCUCCACCCACGCCCCACCCACGCCCCACACACACCCCAAUGGACCACCCCUCGUCACCUGACCCGGCCGCCACCUCCCACGUGACUGCACUGUCACACACACACUCCCACGCCUCGCUCACGGCACAACCUCCACAGCAGCAACCACAGGCGUUGGUGCCGCCACAUGCACCGCCCAGUCUGGCCCGCUACUGGGCCGCCCAGCUGGCUGCAUGGCAGGACCCGGCCCGUUCCGCGGAACAGCCCCCGCCGUUGCCGCUGGCACGGAUCCGGCGUGUCAUGAAGACGGCGGCGGAACAGCCGCGGAUGGUUGCAGCCGAGGCACCACUACUUUUCGCGCACGCGUGCGAACUUUUCGUGUCGGACGUUGCGCUGCGUGCAGCCGCCGAGGCCUCGAGACAAGGCCGGCGCACUCUGCAACGGGCCGAUGUCCAGGCAGCUUUGCUGCAGUCGGAGAUGUUUGACUUCUUGAUAGACAUUGUGCCGAGAUGA